UCUAACCUUUAUUUUAGCCUUUAUUUUUAUUCAUACAGCUGGGCUCAUCGUGUUCGCUCGUCUAAGGAGAUAUGGGGCUUUUAUUUUGGCAUGCCUGAGCGGAAGUCUGCAUCUUCCAUUAACCAGCUUGAAGUGACGCCUCGGCAGAAGGCUGCAGCGUCCGUUUUCAUUAUUUUUUUCAAUCCCUUUUCAUCUUUCUAGAGAAAAAAUGAGCGAAAGAGGCGAAGCUGCGGUUCUUCCUACGGACUGAAGACCAACCGGCCGGUUGUGGGUUGGAUUCCCGGAGCUGCCGCGGUGCCGCUGGGCUCCGCCAGGGCCGGACAGGGCGGGGUGAUGCUUCGGGUCCGGUAUAAAGGCGGUACGAAAAUGGGAACCAGACAAGACGAGGAGGCGGCCGACGACGCGGAGCUUUUAUCCCAAAGACAGGAAUGAGAAGUUCGGCGUGCCGGCUGGUUCGGGCGGCGGUGUAGCCGUCUGCAGAGGGCCCUGGCCGGGCCGACGCGUGUCUCUGCGGCGCCCCUCCGCCCUCUGGCCGCCACUGCGAUGAGGACGCUUUUUACUCUCUGUUUGCUCCUGAUCGGCGGACCGAACCGGACCUGGGCCACCGGGAACCUGACCGUGGACAGCAGCACCGACACCAGCCGGACGAACCACACCGGCUACAUCUCCAUCGGGGACGGAUCGGCGCAGGAAUUUGAGUUUCCGGAAAACACUGAAGGAGUGAUCGUGAUCUCCAGUCGGUACCGGGGCUCCAGCCGGAAGCAAACGGUGAGGGUUCGGUCUCUGGACCCGGAGGUCCUCUCCGUCCUGAAUGUGACGGCCGGCGGUCGGGAAGGACCGGCCGGAAGCUUCAUCAUCAGCAUCCGUUCUGGGUUCCCGGGCCGAGCGCCGCUGCAGAUCCAGCUGCUGGACCGGGACCGGGACUCGGUUCCGGUUCUGAUCGAGGAGAGGACGGACUACUUCAUCAGAGUGGAGCCCAGCGAGGCCGACGCGGCCACCCGGCUGCUGCAGUCCGGGGGCCUGUCCCACUUCACGGAGAACCCGGUGCUGUUCGCCUUGCUGCCCCUCAUCUUCGUCAACAAGUGUGCCUUCGGCUGCAAGGUGGAGGUGGAGGUGCUGCGGGCUCUCCUGCGCCGCCCGAUGGCGCUGCUGCUGGGGGUGCUGGCCCAGUUCCUGGUCAUGCCGCUGUACGCCUACUGCGUGUCCCGGUUGCUGUCGCUGCCCACGGCGCUGUCCCUCGGCCUGGUCAUCACCUGUUCCGCCCCGGGGGGCGGCGGCGGCUACCUUUACAGCCUGCUGCUGGGGGGCGACGUCACACUGGCAAUCUCCAUGACGCUGGUGUCCACGGUGGUGGCCACGGCGGCCAUGCCUCUGUCCUCGGCUCUGUACGGCAAGCUGUUGGGCGUCCACGCAGCCCUCCACGUCCCCUUCGUGAAGAUCUUGGGCACCCUCCUCUUCAUCGCCAUCCCCAUCUCCCUGGGCAUGCUGAUCAAGCUGCGGCUCCCGGCUCUCACCCGCGUCCUGCUGGUGCUCAUCCGGCCCUUCAGCGUCGUGCUGAUGGUUGGUGGCAUCUUCAUGGCCUACCAGAUGGGGGCGUCCAUCCUGGCCAACGUGCAGCCCCAGAUCGUGGCUGUCGGGGUGACGGUGCCUUUGCUGGGCCUGCUGGUCGGCGCCGGCCUCGCCAGAACCGCCGGCUUGGCUCUGCCGCAGAUGAAAACCGUGAGCAUCGAGGUGGGCGUCCAGAACAGCCUGCUGGCACUGGCCGUCAUGCAGCUGUCCUUCCGGCGAGUGGAGGCGGACUUUGCGUCCCAGGCGCCCUUCAUCGUGGCGCUCAGCAGCACCUCGGAGAUGCUCCUCAUCGUCCUGGGCUCCUUCAUCUGGCGGAAGCUCUGCUGUCCUCAGGAGUGACGGCUGAUUGUAGCUGCAGAAUGGACCUUUGGAAACCUGUGGACAUCCGUCUGCCUUCGUGGUGGCUCGGUUCCGGUCCACUCAUCACUGUUGUACAGCGGACUGAUCUUUUCUGCUUCUUUUAAUGUCGUUUUUGGUAUUUUAUUUUAUUUUUUCAUGGAAACCAAAGGCCUUUUACCCCUGAGAGUUUUGUGUGUUGCUCCUUUUUCAGAUCAGAUUCUACUGUGAGCUUCUUCAUGCUGAUAUUCCUCUGAAGACAGAACUUAUUUUUCUACAAGACGGAUUUUUGUAUUUCUGAAAUCAGACUGAAAAUGUAUCAUGUUUACAAGUGAUCUACGUGUCUUAGCCUGCCAGGGGAACAUGGCUGCUUCAAGAGGAACACCCUUCAAGGAUCAUGAUGAUGUGAUUAUUUCCUUCAGAAAGUAUUUGCCACUGAUUGUGUCCUGGAUAUUUCACAUCCAUGUACUUGAAUAUUUGAAAAUGAAGAAUAAAGUCCUUGUGAGAGCUUUAA